CGGCGGACGUGGGGGGACGUGAGUUUUCAAGAAAGACUACAAUAAAGGAAAUAACAGUCGUGUUACAAACAAUGCAAAUAAAUUUUUGACAGUAGAAUCGCGGGUUUCGCGCGUGCAUUUUUCGGGAUCAUGACCGAAGGAAGUAAUAACGACAGCAAGGAUGCGAGGGAGCCGUCGCGAUGUUUCGUCUGCGACGACGAGGUCCUGGGCCGCUCCUACGCCUUGGCCACGUGCAGAACGCAAAACUCGCGGACCAGGGUAAUCGAGAAACUCGGAGAAUUGGUCGGCGAGGGAUACAUGGUCGUGAUAUCCGAGGACGACGUGAUCUGCCGCAGCUGCGGCGUCUUCGUCAACACCCUCGACCGUCUGGAGACGGAGAUGCGCAACACCCGGGACCACAUUCUACGCUUCUUGGAGCAAAAGUAUUCCCUGCAAGACGGGGAGCUUUGCGGCGACAAGCCGAAGCCGUGUCAACCGCCGCAGAUCAGGAGAUCCGGGGAUAAAGAGAUCUCUGUCCGCUGCGACGAACCGCGGAACGAGAGUCCGGGCGGCUCCAAAAGGAUACCGAAGAGAUCUCACUCCUGGCUGCAAUGCGACAAGUGCAAAUAUACCACGCAUCUCAAUUCCUUUGUGAUGCACCACUCGAGGGAUCGUAUCAAGCAAAGAUUAUUCUGCGAUGAUUGUGGACAGUACACUAUGGAGAACCAGCAGGAUAAGAGGCACAUUUGUAACAAGGCGGGUGACCUGGGAAACAAGGAGAAUGAGGCAGACAAUUCUGGUGUUACUAGCAAGAAUGAUGAGGUGGAGAUGACACUCUUAAAGCAAGCUCAACCAAUCUUGCCUGUUACUCAAGUGACGUCGUCACUGAUGGGUUUAUCAAAUUGCGAUCAUCUGUAUCUCCCUAAUACAUUACCAGCAAGUGAUUCCAUGUCUUCCCGGCAACCGGUAUAUGUUCUGCAGUCGAUCAACGUGGCUGAUAUUGAUAACUCAAGGAAAAGGACGAGAUCAGAUUCAAAUCUCGAUCAAACGGAAGCGAAAGACAGGGGCGAAGGUAGAAAACAGGUGUUGACUUUGAAAGAGGAUGGAAGUCUGCAAAUGGUCGAGAUAAUGCCCAGGAAGGAGACAAAAGCGCCAAAUAUCGAUUCGACGAUAGCGUUCAAAUAACUGCGGAACAGUUAGAGACAUUUCAGUGUUUUUACAUUUUGUUGCUGUGUUACAAAUCGUAUCUGUUGACGAAAAAUCUAGUAUUGUAAUAUAUUAAAAUUUAUUAUAAUUCUCCAACGUUACGCGUGAAGUAACUUUUGUCACGCGAGCACUUUCUACGUGGCACUCGCAGUGAUGCCGAUUAUGUUAAUCAAAGUUACGUCACGUCGAUAGAUUCGCGGUCGCACGCAGAAUCACGAUGAUUUGACGAAUGUUGGAAAUGUAUUGUAAAAACCGUGAAUCACACUGUCCGUGUUCUAUCGAGUUAUUAAAGACGAGUAUUCAAGUUGUUGAAAACUAUUUUUUUAAUGAAUGCUGUAUGACACGGUGCGUUUUAGGAUACAUAGUUGCCCUUUGAUCUGAAAAAGCAUUAAAAGAAUACAUUUUGGCUUCGACUAAAUCCAGUUGGUUUUUUGUUCCUCUUUUCUGUAAUAUUGGUUAUUUCAAUUAGUCGUGUAUUGUCAUAAGCGACAAUUAUCGUGUAUUUUGAAUGAAAUGAGAGCGCAUAAUAUUUUAUUCAAGGUGAUUUAAAUUUAAAAUUUUAAUUUAAAGAAACUUGUUUCUAAUAUUUAUUG